UGUAUUGUGUUAUCAGCAGUUUUUGCGUAAGAUUCUGGGGCAUAAUACUCUAUAUUUACUCAAUGUAAUCUUACUUCUCAGAAAUUAACAGAGGAAUAAAAUGGCGAGUACUUUAACAGACCGAGAGAUGGACGAACUCCGCGAUAACUUUGGAUUGUACGACAGUGUUGGAGACGGCAAGGUUGAAUCAUCCAGCAUUGGACAAGUGCUAAGAUCUGUAGGUCUGAACCCAACUCAAGCUGAAGUUGAUAAGGUGUUGAAUGAAAUCGAUCCUAAAGGAAAUAAGAGGAUUUCGUUUGAAGAGUUUGUACCAGUGAUGAUGUCGUUUCGCUCGCGGAAACAUAAAUACGGUCAAGACGUGUUCAUCGACAGCCUGAGAGUUUUCGACACUGAUAAUUCUGGAACCAUCAGUUCUGGCGAACUUCGCCACGUCCUGACAGGUUUAGGGGAGAAACUCCGCGAUGAAGAUGUGGACCAGCUAAUUCAGGGCUUCGAGGACAACCAGGGACAAAUUAACUACGAGGAUUUUGUUAAGAAUGUCAUGAACGGCUGAGAACAGAUCUUCAUAAUAUUGUAUUAUUACACCGCGAAUUAUCGUCCCGACACGAGGUCUUUGAAUUGUUUUUUUUUUUUCGCGUGCAAUUUGAGGACUGAUGUUAUUGAAUUUAAUAAGGACGUUAGAAAUUCACUUAUGGUAGUUCAGAAAGACGGUAUAGCUGCAUGUACUUUGUAGUUUAGCUGAAGGGCUGCAAUUUUCUUUUAAAGCACAAUUAUUCGUUUUGUUUCAGCAAAGCUUAUCGGUGAGUGUCAAGUGUAUAUUCGACACAACAGUAUUGUACUUCACAACAGACUGGAAAUACGAGCGAAAAUGGCAUCUGUUUAAGGAAAAGUUGUAUUUAAAACUGAAAAAUAGAGAAAAAAGUAAAGCAACGAAAGAGCUUGGAGAUUGA